AUGACAUUCUCGCUCUUGUCCCAGAUGAUCGGACAGAAGCCCUUCAGGGCUAGGGAUGCGCGCAAACUGGGCGGGUCACUCCGCUCUCGCUCCAGCGCCUCUAUGGGGGCGAGGAGGGGUGCGUCGGUGGCCGCGGUGUUCUACUCCGGCGUGAUAGUUUUUACCAUGCUGCGGGAGAAGCUCGACGCGCCGGUGCUGACGCCGCAGCAGAUCCGCGAGGCGGACCGCUACCGCGUGUCCAUCGUGAUUCCCGCGCUCCAGGAGGAGGCGGCGCUCGAGCGCACGCUCAGCUACCUCAAGCUGUUGCGGCCAGCGCCGUUUGAGAUCGUGGUGGCGGACGGCGGCAGCAACGACCGCACGGUCGACAUCGCGGCGCAGCGCGGCGCGCGCGUUGUGCUCUCGAAGCGCCGCGGGCGGUCCCGGCAGAUGAACGCCGGGGCGAAGGAGGCGCGGGGCGAUGUGUUUUUGUUCCUGCACGCCGACACGCUGCCGCCGCUGGACGUCGUGCGGUGCGUGCGGACGGCGCUGCGGGACCCCGGGGUGGUCAUGGGCGGCUUCACGCCGCUCCUGACGACGUCGGAGCCCAGCAAGACGUGGUGGGGUAUGAGCAUACACAACCUCGUCAGCUCCUGGUUAUACCCGCUCGUCCUGCGGCCGUUCGCGUACUCCGGGGGCCUCCGGCUGCUCUUCGGCGACCAGGCGAUCUUCUGCCGCAAGAGAGACUUCUGGAAAGUCAGGGGGUUCGACGAGCGGUGGCCCAUCAUGGAGGACGCCGAUCUGUGCAUGCGGAUGCACGAGAGCGGCCCCGCGGUGCAGCCCCCGGGGGCCCGCGCGGCGCGGCAGGGUAAGAUCCGCGUGCUGUCGCGCGUCGUCGACUCGAGCGGGCGGAGGUUCGCGAAGUGGGGCAACGCGAAGGCCACGUGGAUCCAGUACCGGCUGGCGCUGUCGUGGUACGUGCGGCGGGACCCGGCCGCACUGCAAGAGCUGUACGACAGGCUCUACAGCGACGUGCGCUGA